AUGUGGAAGGAUGACGAGCUACCUGAAGGUUACUAUAAAAACUUAAUCAGGUCUUUGAAGGAGAAUCUGGAUAUGAGGGAAGAACUUGUUGAGUUAGCCAUGUUGAGGAAAAAAGUGCAGGAGCAGGAGUAUCUACUAUCAAAGGAGAAGGAGUUGGUGAUGAAACUAGAUAAUGAAAUCAUAAAGGAGAAGGAGCAUGCGCUCAAACUUCAGAAAAAACCGGAUGCUUCCAUGCAGGAAGCUAUGAGGUUGAAGAUAAUCUUUUUGUGUGUUGUGGUGGGGUUGUUCAUUUGGUUAGUUAAAUCUAGUAAUUAA